AUGACCACUCACACAUUCUGGCAAUACAUUCGCCUCAAAAUCAUCGUCACACUCCUUCGUCUCAUAAAUCAAGUCGCUACACGUCCUCACUUCAAACCCUCACCAACCUGCAACCGCAAGCUCGUUCGCAUCCCAUCACGCGAUCUGAACCGCUUCAUAGAUGCAUGGAUCUACUAUCCACCAAACCACGCCGACGGUGAUAAGCGUGGUCUGGUCAUCAACUGGCAUGGGGGCGGAUGCGUGUUGCCGAACUUGGGCAUGGACCAUGAAUUCUGCGAGAGGAUAGCUGUGGAGAGAAAUAUUCUUGUUCUUGAUGCAGAUUAUCGCAAAGCACCAGAUGCUCCCUUUCCCGCUGCUAUUGAAGACGCCGAGGAUACGUUUCGAUGGGUCGAGAGUCAGUCGCAUCGAUUUGAUCUUGACCGUGUUGCUUUAUCUGGCUUCAGUUCAGGUGGAAACUUGGCAUUGGUGGCCUCCUCGGAACUAAGACGCGAGUUCAAGAACAUCAACAUCCGAGCGGUAUACUCUUUCUAUCCAGGUGUAGACUUCAGUAUCCCACCCGAACAGAAGAUUGUUGCAAACUCCAUCCGACCGUUGCCGUUUUGGUUCCAACGUCUCAUCGCAGAAGCAUAUCUUCCCAGAGUUGAAGACCGCAAAUUACCCAGGGCAUCACCGAUGUACGCCGACACCAUGUCUUUUCCUGCGCGUGUUAUGCUAUUUGUCUGUUCUGGUGAUAUUCUGACGCCAGAGACUGAAGCGUUUGGGGAGAAACUGGUGAAAGGCGGCGUUGAUGUUGAAGUUGUUCGGGUUCAGGGGGCUCACGCAUUCGACAAAACAACCAGCCGUAAUCUUUUCAACCCUGGUAAGAGAGACAUAGCGUACUCCAUGGUUUUGAGGAGCUUGGAGGAUGUUCUGUAG